UAUUUCAAGCAUAGAAAGUGGUCCCACUUGUGUAUAAACUAUAACAAAUUAAAUCAUUUUUAACAUAUAUAAAUAUUCUUAAGCAUGCAAUUCUCUGUUACAAGAGCGCUAUAAAAGUAUUUCAUAUCAGUUUUCUCGCGUUUUUCCGUCGUCACGUUACGCGUCAAUUUUGUGUAAAUAUCGAUUUUUUUACUCCCAAUCUCAGAGAACGAAAUGGUCAUUAAUUGUCAUUAACGGAAAUAAUAAUAAUAAUAAAAAAACUCAGUGAUUAUGGCCGCCCAGCAUCAUUAUACUGUUGAAGUAGGUGAUACUAAUUUCACAAUUCUAAGUCGAUAUAUUAAGUUAAGGCCUAUUGGAUCUGGCGCCCAAGGAAUAGUUUGUGCUGCUUAUGACACGAUUACUGAACAACACGUCGCUAUUAAAAAACUAUCUCGACCAUUCCAAAAUGUGACGCAUGCUAAAAGAGCAUACAGAGAAUUUAAGCUAAUGAAGCUUGUGAAUCACAAGAAUAUAAUUGGUUUGCUUAACGCUUUUACGCCUCAGCGUAAUUUAGAUGAAUUCCAGGAUGUUUAUCUUGUAAUGGAGUUGAUGGAUGCCAAUCUAUGUCAAGUUAUUCAAAUGGAUCUAGAUCAUGAUCGCAUGUCGUAUUUGCUCUAUCAAAUGUUGUGCGGAAUAAAGCAUUUGCAUUCCGCCGGAAUUAUACAUAGAGAUUUAAAACCUUCCAAUAUAGUUGUUAAGGCCGACUGUACUUUAAAAAUAUUGGAUUUUGGACUCGCACGCACAGCGGGUACUACAUUUAUGAUGACUCCCUAUGUGGUUACCAGAUAUUACAGAGCUCCAGAGGUUAUUUUGGGAAUGGGUUAUACCGAAAAUGUGGACAUUUGGUCCGUUGGUUGCAUUAUGGGUGAGAUGAUCAGAGGCGGUGUUCUAUUCCCCGGUACCGAUCACAUUGAUCAGUGGAAUAAAAUCAUUGAGCAACUUGGUACACCAUCGCCAAAUUUUAUGCAGAGAUUGCAGCCAACUGUGCGCAAUUAUGUUGAGAAUCGUCCAAGAUAUACUGGAUAUUCAUUUGAUAGACUAUUUCCCGAUGGCCUCUUUCCUACGGAUAAUAAUCAAAAUAGUCGAAGGAAGGCAGCUGAGGCCAGAGAUUUGCUCAGUAAGAUGCUAGUCAUUGAUCCAGAGCUACGAAUAUCGGUUGAUAAAGCUUUAAAGCAUGAGUACAUUAAUGUCUGGUACGAUGCUGAAGAGGUGGAUGCUCCUGCACCAGAGCCAUAUGAUCACAGCGUCGAUGAAAGGGAGCACACAGUUGAGCAAUGGAAGGAGUUAAUUUAUGAAGAAGUAAUGGACUACGAAGCACACAAUACAACUAAUAUUGCCCGGUAGAACAAGAAGUAUUCCUUAAUAAGUCAAUAGCUUAUCAACAAUACAACAAUUUUAUUAAAUAUAUAUAGUAAUCACAACUACAAAUAAAACGCAUACAGUUUAAUGUACCAAAUGUUUUAUUACUGCAAAAAAA